UAUUUGCCUCGCUUCACAGUUAUUGAAUUUCAAGCGCCGCAUCCAUUUGCCACUUCGGUUGUUCGGGUUCGAUUCGAUUGGACAUAUGUAAUUGAUUAAAUAAUUUUUGUGGAAAAUCAAUACUCAGUUGUGUAUGCAAAUUAGCACGUCCUGCACGAUAAUAUAUCUAAUUACUUAGACGCGUCUUAAGCGCGUUUUAUCCACGAUCUUGGAAAGGACUCGCCCACGAAAGAAGGACUCUUAAGAAACAGUGUUAGCAGGAUGCUGAUGUUAAAGAUACUCUUUUUGACAACUGUGUUCGCAUUAUCCGAAUGCGGUGUUAUUGGACCAUAUGCCGCUCAUUAUGGACCACAUGAUGGUCCGGGUCCAUUGCCCUAUGCCGGCUAUGCUGUACCACAUGGAGGAGCUGCACUUCCAGUGCCAUAUGUAGCAGCGGCACCGAAGCCAGCUGCUCCCGAACCAUACGACCCAGCACCGAAAUACUCCUUCGGCUAUGACAUACAAGAUGGCUACACUGGUGAUUUGAAGAGCCAACAUGAAACGCGUCAUGGCGAUGUGGUAAAAGGCAGCUAUUCUGUGGUUGAUCCGGAUGGCACGAAACGUACGGUCGAUUACACCGCUGAUCCGCAUAACGGCUUUAAUGCUGUGGUGCGCAAGGAACCCAUUGCUUAUAAGACCGCACCCAUUGCACCGGCACCAAUUGGCCCUGCAGUGCCGGUCAAAGCACCAGCACUUGCAUAUCCCUUGGCAUUGGCUCCACUAGCGCACGGUCCAGCACCUGUACCGGUUCCCGCACCCGCUGCUGUACCCGCCUACCAUGCAGCAUAUCCAGCUUUGGCACACAGUGCGGCCUACGCCACUUAUCCACAUGCCGCUGCUCCGCAUCAUGGAGCCUAUUAUCCACAUUGAGGUUGACGAGCGUAAGAAUUCUUGAGCUCAAGGCGACUACUUGGAGCUAUAACUCAAUUACUAUGACUUGCACAUUAACGAUACAUACAUAUAUGAAUAUAUUUCCCUGCUUGCAUCUGUCAGCUACCUCUUACCUCUUUUUAUUAUAUAUAUACACAUAUGCAUAAUCACAGAGUUAAUUACUCAAACACCCAUAUACUAUAUAUGAAGUUAUAAAUAUUUGUAUUUUUGCGCAUCCGUUUUAUUGCUUUUGAUUGCUUCUAUUUCGAUUAAUUUAGUCUUAUUCUGGCACAUUUAAAAUAUAUUAAAUAA